AUGAUGAAAAAUCAGACAUGGGUGGCAGAAUUCAUUCUCCUGGGAUUCCCGCUCAGCCCAAGGAUGCAGAUGCUCCUCUUUGGGUUCUUCUCCCUGUUCUAUGCCUUCACCCUGCUGGGCAACGGGGUCAUCCUGGGGCUCAUCUCACUGGACUCCCGCCUGCACACCCCCAUGUACUUCUUCCUCUCCCACCUGGCCAUUGUUGAUAUUUCGUAUGCUUCAAGCAAUGUCCCAAAGAUGCUGGAAAACUUUCUGAGCAAGAAAAAAACUAUCUCCUUUGUCCCUUGCAUAAUACAGACCUUUUUAUACAUGGCUUUUGCUCACACUGAAUGCCUCAUCUUGGUAAUGAUGUCCUAUGAUCGGUACGUGGCCAUCUGCCACCCCCUCCAUUACUCUGUCGUCAUGAGCUGGAGAGUGUGCAUGGUCCUGGCGGCCACAUCCUGGGCAUGCGGCUCCCUCCUGGCUCUGGUCCAUGUGGUUCUCAUCCUCAGGCUGCCUUUCUGCGGGCCUCGUGAAAUCAACCACUUCUUCUGUGAGAUCCUGUCUGUCCUUAGACUGGCCUGUGCGGACACUGGGCUCAACCUGCUUGUCAUCUUUGCUGCCUGUGUGUUUAUCUUAGUGGGGCCCCUGUGCUUGGUGCUGGUCUCCUACACGCGCAUCCUCUUUGCUGUGCUGAGGAUCCAGUCUGGGGAGGGCCGCAGGAAGGCCUUCUCCACCUGCUCCUCCCACCUCGGCGUGGUGGGGCUCUUCUUCGGCAGCGCCAUCGUCAUGUACAUGGCCCCCAAGUCCAGCCAUCCUGAGGAGCAGCAGAAGGUCCUUUUCCUGUUUUACAGCCUUUUCAACCCCAUGCUGAACCCACUGAUCUACAGCCUGAGGAACGCAGAGGUCAAGGGUGCCCUGCGGAGAGUGAAGUGGACCCAGAAAUCCGUGUGA